AUGGACAGUCGAUCUAACUAUAUUCAGGAGAAGAUCAAAUCCUCUUCUGGGGAAGCCUACAUCCGCAAGUGGGUCAAGGGAAAUUUCCUUGGCAAAGGAGGCUUCGCCAAGGUAUAUGAGUUUAUGAAUACUGAGACCAGGGAGACAUUUGCUGCUAAAGUUAUCCCUAAGGAGUCCCUUUUGAAGAAGAGAGCUAAGCAGAAGCUUAUUUCUGAAAUCAAAAUUCACAAAUCAGUCAAGCACAAGCAUGUUGUUGGAUUUGAGCAUUACUUCGAAGAUUCAAGCUGUGUCUAUAUUCUGUUGAAUUUAUGUCCGAAUCAAAGUUUGAAUGAACUUUUGAAAAGAAGAAAAAGGCUUCAUGAGAUUGAAGUCAGGUACUACACUCUUCAGAUUGUCUCCGCUCUGGAGUAUCUCCACAAGAAUCGAGUCAUUCACAGAGAUCUCAAGCUGGGAAAUUUAUUUAUAAAUGAAGAUAUGGAUCUCAAGCUUGGAGAUUUUGGACUUGCAGCUAAGUUGGAUUUCGAUGGUGAGAGAAAAAGAACAAUCUGAGGUACUCCAAAUUAUAUCGCUCCAGAGGUUUUAGAAGGCCGGAAUGGUCACUCUUAUGAGGUUGAUAUAUGGUCCUUAGGAGUCAUCAUCUAUACUCUUAUCGUAGGAAAGCCUCCUUUUGAGACUUCUAAUGUUAAAUCAACUUAUGAUAAAAUUAGAAAGAAUUCUUAUUACUUUCCUGAACAUGUCUCUAUAUCAAAAGAGGCGAAAAGUUUGAUAAAAUUGGUACUAAAUUCGAAUCCAACCAAAAGGCCGACAUUAGAGGACAUCAAAGAUCAUCAGUUCCUCGUUCUUCCAAGCCCACCGACGCUACAUCCAUCUCUGUUGGCAUGUCCUCCUACCAAGACUUUCAUUAAUAAAUACAGUAUCACUGCUUCUACCACAGAAUCUCUUGGAAUUAAAAAGAACAAUUUCUUGGGUAUGAGUGGAAAAUAUUACUCUUCCAAGAAUUUAAAGUCUGGCAAAGAAAAUAUCCUGACUAAAAUUGUGCCAAAUACAGCAAAGGACACUCGGGACAAGGCUAAUACUGAAAAUAUCCUUUCAGGCUUUCGCUUAUCUUCAAGGACAACUAGGAAGGAGGACCAAAAGAUGUCGGAAAUAGCCCUCAAAUCCUUUGAAGUGCCUAUCCAUGCUAAGAAAUGGAUUGAUUAUACAACGAAAUAUGGUCUUGGGUAUGUCCUCUCUGAUGGUUCCAUCGGUGUCUUCUUUAAUGAUGCAACAAAGAUCAUCUGAGAUAGCUCAACUAAAGGUUUCCAAUACUACGAGAAGAAUAAAAGUAUGGAAGAUUCACCUAUCAAGCAUAGCUUGUCAGAGUAUCCUGACAAGUUUGAAAAGAAGGUUACCCUACUGCAUCAUUUCAAAAGCUAUCUUGAUCAGAACACCAAGCCUGAAGACAUAGAGCAUUCUUCUCCCUCAGGAAACUUGAUUUAUAUUAAAAAGUGGAUAAAGACUCGCCAUGCGAAGAUCUUUAGGAUGAGUAACAAAGUUGUUCAGGUUUAUUUUAAAGAUAAGACUGAGAUCCUUCUCUGAUCCACUAAUAGGCAGAUUACAUACACUGACAAACAAGGGCAGAGGAACACAUACCCUCUUGAGGCAGCUUUGGAGAGUACUAAUGAGGAGAUGAACAAGCGGAUGCAGUACACCAAGAACAUCCUGAGUCAUCUUCUACAGAAUAACCCAAACUCUAGAGGGAGUCAUAGAGCUAAAACUGGGGAAGCAACUUCUCCUAGGCAUGAAAUAGUCGUUUAG